AUGAAUGAAUUAUUAGUUUACCAAAAAUGGGAUCAUUGUUUAGUAUACAUCGAUGACAUAAUUAUUUUUUCCAAGUCAUUUCAACAACAUUUAGAACAAUUGAAUGACAUUUUAGCAGUCUUAAACAAGGCAAAUUUUACAUUGAACGCUCCUAAAUGUUCGUUAUUUCAAACCACCAUAAAUUAUUUGGGGCAUACUAUUAACAACAAUGGCAUUACCCCGUUAAUGAAUACGAUCAAGGCUCUUGUUGAGUUACCAACGCCCAAAUCUAUCAAAGAUGUCGAUGCAUUUGUUGGAGCAGCAGGAUUUUAUCGGAAGUUUAUUCCACAAUUCUCAACAAUCGUAUCUCCACUAAACAAAUUGACCAGAAACCGAAAACAAAAAUUUUAUUGGCAUCAAGAACAGCAACAAGCAUUUGAACAAUUGAAGAAAAUUUUAUCAACAGAGCCCUUAUUAUUAUCUUUCCCUGAUUCAACAUCGCCGCUCGUCCUCUCGACUGACGCAUCAGAUAUUGGUUAUGGUGGCGUUCUAAAACAGAUUACAAAAGCUGGUCCACAACCACUUUGUUAUUUAUCACGUCGACUGAAACCAGCAGAAAAACGAUAUAGUACAACUGAGAAAGAAUGUUUGGCAAUGGUUCGAUGUAUUGAUGAAUUUAGACCCUAUUUAUUGGGACGCGAAUUCACGGUGGAAACUGACCAUUGUCCUUUAUGUAAUUUUCACCGCAAAUCAUCGAAAAAUGGACGAGUAGAUAGAUGGUCAAUUGGAUUAGGUGAAUAUGACAUUCUUGAAAUUAAAUACAAACGAGGUAAAUGUAACUGUGACGCUGAUUUAAUGUCAAGGUAUCCUCCAACACCAACUAAUGCUGAUGAUACCAUCAUCACAAGAAAUGUUAAGAAUAAAAUAGAUGGCACUACAUUUGACAACGAUGCGGAACACACUGCUGAAGUCAAUGUCCUCACACGAUCAGCAGCUCGAGCACGGACGACAAAGGGCGAUAAGCGCAUUACCACCACAACAGACACACAUCCUAAUCCAGGAACAAAUACAAAGUCUCGGCAGCUUCGUCCAAGAAAUAAGACAUUAAACUACCAGGUGUCAAACUAUUUAGUAUCCUCACAAUCAUCAACAAUGAAACAACAAUCGCCGAGCAAUCCUGCUCCAUCAUCAUCCCUUAUGUUUGAUUUUGAUAUUAAAAAAUUGAAAGAUGAACAACAUCGCGAUAAAUCGAUUCGACAAAAAAUUAACCAGAUAAAGCGUAAUCCACAGACAACUUUAUAUGAAGUAGUUGAUGAUACGUUAUAUAAAAUUGUAUUAAGAGAUGGUCAAAAGCGACUUAAACUACCGUAUCUGCCACCAUC